AUGGAGGCAGUGGAGGGGGUGGGGGUGGUGGUGGGAGUGGUGGCGGGGGUGGAGGUGUCGGUGGCGGCAGUGGAGGCGGAGGCGGCGGCGGCGGUGGCGGUGGGAGCGGAGGUGGCGGAGGUGGCGGUGGUGGAGGAGGCGGUGGCGGAGGAGGAGGAGGAGGUCGAGGCACUUUGCAGAGGAGUGGCUCCGGUGCUGCUGCUCACGACUACCCUGGUGCUGAGGAGGUCGGGGCUGCUUCCGCUCCUAGUGGGAAGCGUCGCAGCGGCAGGGGCGGCAAGGGUGGCAGGGCAGGUGGAGGCGGCGGGGGAGGUGGCGGUGGUGCAGGCGGCGGGGGCGGUGGAGGUGGUGGGGGUGGUCGUGGGGGUGGAGGGGGUGGAGGUGGUGGUGGGGGCGGCGGAGGCACUGGGGGCGGUGGAGGGGCUAGCAGCAGCGGUGGGGGAGGAGGGAGCGGUGGUGGCAGUGGUGCCCCUGGUAUAG